UAUAAUAAUCUCCAGCCAAUCAGCUCCUACUGCUCUCAGAUGAACCUCCAGUCUACUUUUGUAUUUGUGUGAAUGUGGUUAUGUUUGAUUAGAAGAGGUCCAUUCACUCAGCACUACUGUGAUUGACUUUGUGCUAAGCACUACCUACAUAUUAUGUUUGAGAUGUGUACUUUCUGUCAACGUCAUGUAGAGAUCUUUCCUCUUAUAAUUUUCUAACCAGAAACAUUUUUUUAGCACCGGUCUGCAGCAGCACUUACUGAUUCAUUUGGAACUUGAAGCUUUUUGUGCUUUGCUCUGGCGAACCGUAACUUACACCAGUAAUCAUGUAUUUUAUCUCAUCUCUCUUUCGUGGUUCAGCACUAACUGCACAGUUGAGUAACUAAAGCAUGCUGAAACUCUCAGGCCUUGCAUGCACUCGUAGGCCUACAAGGCAGAUUCCUUUUUCUUUCUUUUCACUGUUCAACCUGUUAACCACAACACAGGAAGGCAGAUUCGAUAGACAGACAGACAGACAGGAAGGAGCUGCAGCAGGAAACGGUAUCCCCAGCAACAGCGAUGACUUCAACUGCUGUGCAUUUGUGACUCGUUUAAUUUGCUCGCUAGUCCUCAACUAGGUUUUACUCCUUCGAGAUCCCUCACAUUCAAACUUUGAUUCCACCUGCUUUCGUGGGAAUUAUGGCUUUACUGCAUAAAACAUCUGUGUGGGCAGUGUUUUACAUCCCUUGAUGCCUACAGACCGCUUCAACAAGUCCAAGACCCAAACAGGAACGUCUGAAGGCCGAAAUUAUCCAACUUUCUCAUGGAGAGGAAGGCACAUUAUGAUUCUAUCAUGGACCGAAGCAAACGCAUCACGUGGCAGGACGACUGCUAUGUGGAUCUACAGUCUACAUCCUGCUCUGUCUCUUCACAAGCAGGAACAGAAGACCUUGGCUGGAUCCAAAAGCAUCAAGACCAGCUGCAACGCUUCAUUACGGCCUCCUUCCUGGAGGGGAUGUUAACCCACCUGAGAAAUGUGGAUGUGCUGAGUUCAGCUGAUGAGACCAAGAUCAAAGAAGCGGGCCGUCUGCAGGACCAGGUUAACAUGCUCACAACUAUUGUCACUGACAAGGACACUCAAGGUUCUGAUGCUCUCCAGGGCUUCAUUGAGAGCUCAGAUUCUCCGGUGGCCCAGCUCAUCAUCAACCACGAUUCCAUGGGGAAGGAGCACAAAGAGGUGCUGUUACGGCGAUAUGAGCAGUACAGAGACAGAGAUUCAGUCAGCUGCCCCAAACUAAACAUCUUCUCAAGAACGUUACUUCUGGUCGAUGGACUUUCCGACAUCCAGCAAAAGGAACAUGACUUAAUGCAGGUGGGGGCGACUCGAGGAAGGAAAAGAAAUCAUCUCAGACAGCUGGGGCUGACCAAACUCUUGGAGCCCCUGACCCGGGUCAGUUUACCUCCCAGGGUCUCCCUCACACUUGGGGUGGCUGGUAUUGGCAAGACAACCUGGGUCCGACACUUCAUCAGACAGUGGAGCCAAGGGGCCAUCUGCACAGAUGUGAGCUUCGUCCUGCCUUUCACUUUUUGCGAGCUGAACUCACUGGAGAAAGUCUCAGCUGAGAGGCUGGUGAAAAUGGCUUUUCCUCAUUUAAUAGACCCCAGUCUGGUCCUGAGCAGCUCCUGCCGCACACUGCUCAUACUUGAUGGUUUGGACGAAUUCCGCUGCACUUUAAAUUUCUCUGAUGCAGCUCCUUGCAGCGACCCAAAGAAAGAAGUGGCAAUUGAUGACCUAGUUACUAACAUCAUCCGGGGCAAUCUGCUCCCUGACGUAUCAGUGUGGGUGACCUCCAGGCCAGGAGUGGCCUCACUCAUCCCUGGAGGAUUGGUUGACAGGAUGACUGAGAUCCCAGGAUUCAGCCCGAAGGACAUCCAGCUCUUCCUAAACCACCACUUCUCUGAGAGGGAUUUUGCCAGUAAAAUAUGGGCGCACUUGGAGUCCCAUAAGAUCUUAAUGGUGAUGUGCUACAUACCAUGCAUUUGCUGGAUAGUAGCUGAUACUCUGAUGUACGUCAUGCAGAGUGAAACAGAAGACAGCCUUCCAAGGACUUGUACUGAGCUAUACGCUCACUUUUGUUCCAUGAAGGCAGAAGUAGGUGAACCAAGAGGCAGGGAGCCUGUGAAAAUGGAACAGCUCCAUGGGAGCAAUCGUAAACUGCUGGGGAACCUUGGACGACUGGCGUUUUAUGGGCUCCUUAAACACAAGUACACCUUCAGCGAGCAAGACCUCAGGGCCUAUGGGAUAGAUCUACUGUUAACUCAGUGCAGUCUUGGUGCUGGAGUUCUUGUUCGGGAGGAGUCUGCCAUAUACACAACAUACCGGUUCACUCAUUUGUCUCUGCUAGAGUUUCUUGCAGCUACUUUUUACCAUAUCUCCUCCAAGCGGGCCAUCUUUGACUUAUUCUCAGAGAGCACCAUGUCUUGGCCCAAGAUCGGUUUCCAGAACCACUUUAGAAGCGCCUUUCAGCACUCACAACAAGCUGAAGACGGUCACUUGGACGUGUUUGUGCGCUUCCUGACAGGCCUGCUGUGCCCAAUGGCACAGAAACCGCUCGCUGGGCUUCUGGCCCUCGGAAAAGAUGAUGGCAAUCAAAAGGCUUGGGCAGCAGGGUUUUUACAAGGCCUCUUGGUCAGCGGAGGUGCAGUGGUGUCCCUGCGUGCAGUUAACCUGGCUUAUUGUUUACAGGAGCUGCAACACACAGAGCUAUUGCGGAGUGUUGAGGAAGAUUUACAGCUUGGUAGCCUAGCAGGGAAAUUAACACGGGCUCACUGUGUUGUGCUGGGCUACCUCCUUCAUGUGUCUCCAGAGUGCAGUGAACAGACCAACCUAACGGGCUCUCUGAACUACACAACAGUGAAAUGUCUGCUCCCACAGCUGCUGUACUGCAGCUAUCUCAGGUUAGAGAAUAAUCACUUCAAAGAUGAUGUCAUGGAGUUGCUGGGAAGCCUCCUGAGUGCCAAAGACUGCCAUAUCCAGAAGAUAAGUUUGGCAGAGAAUGCCAUCAGCAACAAAGGAUCCAAAGCCCUGAGUCGAGCCCUUUUGGUGAACCGGACGCUAACGUCUCUCAAUCUCCGGAACAACAACAUUGGCUCUAAAGGUGCAAAGUUCCUGGCAGAGGCUCUGAAAAUGAACCAAGUCCUGGUAUCAAUCAACUUCCAGAACAACGCAAUUGAGGAGGAAGGUGCUCAGGCCCUUGCAGAAGUACUGCACUGCAACCGCAAACUGGUGUCUCUGAAUCUUUGUAGCAACCAGCUUGGGGACAAAGGGGCAAUCGCUCUGGCAGAGGCUUUGACAGUCAACCACACUCUCCUCUCUCUUCAACUUCAGAGUAACUCAAUCAGCAACAGGGGGAUGACUGCCUUAACCAAAGCACUCAGGCUGAACCGUGGCCUCGUCUCCUUGAAUUUAAGGGAGAACUCCAUAGGGGUGGAGGGAGCAAAGAACAUGGCUCAUGCCCUCCAUGAGAACAACUCUCUGCAGGACCUUGAUCUCACAGCCAACCUGUUGCACGAUGAAGGAGUUCAAGCUAUAGCAGGUGCAAUCAAGUUUAAUCGAGGCCUCACCUCUCUGCAUCUCCAGUGGAAUUUCAUCAAGUCCUCUGCCACUAAAGCUCUGGCCCAUGCACUCCUCUCCAAUGCCACAAUGCAGCUCUUGGAUCUACAGGAGAAUGCUAUUGGGAAUGAAGGCGUCAUUUUUCUUGCCGAAGCCCUGAAAACCAACGUGUCUCUGCGUACAUUAUGUCUCCAGGGGGUGUCAUCGAGCACCAGUGGUGCCAUUGCAAUGGCAGAGGCUCUAAUGACCAACCAAACCCUGCAAACAUUAGAUCUACGUGGGAACACCGUGGGGAUGGAAGGAGCAAAGGCUCUGGCUAACGCACUGAAAAGCAACAGAAGCCUCAAGUCUUUGAAUCUGCAGGAGAACUCUCUGGGUAUGGAUGGAGCCAUAUUUAUUGCAACGGCCUUGAAGGGAAACCACCAAUUGACAUACAUCAAUUUGCAGGGAAAUGGUAUUGGAGAAUCAGGAGCAAAGGUCAUAUCUGAUGCUAUAAGAGCCGACGCUCCGGGCUGUGUGGUGGACAUCUGAACAAGGAAAGAGCAGCGUCUACUGAGAAAAGUCGCACAUGUAACAUAGAGAUAACAGUAUAGGCUGUAUGUGUUAUAAGGAAAAGGUGUAUGCAAUUUAGUUAAAGCUGUACAGUAUGUUUGUGCUGAAUAUCACUCUGUAGCUGUUCACUGUAUAGUAAUAUAUAUAUAUAUAUAUAUAUAUAUAUAUA